UUACAUACUUACAAAAGAGAAAAUAAAAUUUAACAGGAUUAAAACGAAAAAUUCUUUAAUCAUUUCAUUAAUAAAAAUUUUCUAGAAGAAAUAGUUGCUUUGUGAUUUGACUUGUUUAAAAAAUGGAAUUAUUUUUAUCAUGAUUUCGAAUUUCAAGAACCCUAAAUUAUGGUUUAGAUAAAGGCAUAAAGCCUUGUAAAAUCUCAGAUCCAUACUCCUACUGGGAAAACGCGUGGCAUUCAUCGAAGUGGAAUUCAAGAGCAUAUGAUCAAGUGGAGCCUUUUUAAAAAAAUAAUUCCGUCACACCAAUCUAUUCUAUUUAUAUAUCUGAUUUUUGUCACACUUGAAGAGCCAAGAUUUAACAUAGCCUAAACAGACACAGAUUUUGAAGGAGGAUCUACUCAAAAUUCUCUACUUUUUUGUAGCAAUAACAUCGCUCAAAUCCGGUACAUUUCCCUUGAUUCAAAAUCUCAUUUGCUUAGGAUCGAUCUCACUUCAGUCUAGCUACUCUACCAAAACCCACAAUUCUGGCUUUAGAUGCAAUAAUCUCAUAUAUAAUCAAAGUUUCAAAGCCCCCUUUGUAAUCUGUAUGUAAAUUUGAGAUUCCGAGAUAGUAUUUUUUGGAAAAAAAAAUGGGGAGCGCGACGAUACUAUCAUUGAUUUGGAUUGUGGGAUUUUUGAGUGUGGCCUCAGUCUCAGCUGAAGAUGCUUACAAGUACUACACAUGGACAGUGACAUACGGCACUGCUGCGCCUCUGGGUGUCCCUCAGCAGGUUAUUCUCAUCAAUGGCCAGUUUCCAGGCCCUAAUCUUGAUUGUGUGACAAAUGACAACAUCAUCCUUAACCUCAUCAACAAGCUGGACCAGCCUUUCCUUCUCACAUGGAAUGGGAUAAAACAGAGAAAGAACUCGUGGCAAGACGGCGUAUUGGGAACAAACUGCCCCAUCCCUCCCAACUCCAACUACACCUACAAGUUCCAAGCAAAGGAUCAAAUCGGCAGCUACACCUACUUCCCCUCCACCCUCAUGCACAGGGCUGCGGGCGCCUUCGGAGCUCUCAACGUAUACGCGAGGUCCGUCAUCCCCGUCCCCUACGCCCCACCAGCCGCAGAUUUCACCCUCCUCAUCGGCGAUUGGUACGCAGCCACUCACAAUGUGCUGCAGCAGACGCUGGAUUCAGGGAGCCCGCUGCCCUCCCCCGACGCCAUCCUCAUCAACGGCCGCAACGCCUCCACCAUCACGGGCGAUCCGGGGAAGACGUACAUGUUCCGCGUGUCGAACGUGGGCCUGGCGACGUCGUUUAACUGGAGGAUUGAAGGGCACCAAAUGAAGGUGGUGGAGAUUGAAGGGUCGCACGUGAUCCAGAACACGUACGACUCCGUGGACGUGCACGUGGGCCAAACCGUGACGGUGCUGGUCAGCCUGGACCAGCCUCCCCGAGACUACCGCAUCCUGGCAUCCACGAGGUUCACUCUCAACCUCACCGCCACCGCGCUCUUGCACUAUUCUAAUUCCGAGGGACCGGGAGUGGGGUCCCAGCAGGAUCUGGCGCCACGCGGCGUGGAGUGGUCGGUGCAGCAGGCGAGGUCGUGCAGGUGGAACCUCACGGCCAAUGCGGCCAGGCCCAACCCGCAGGGCUCGUUCCACUACGGGCAGAUCAACAUCAGCAGGAGCAUCUUCGUGGUGAAUUCGGCGCCCCUUAUUAAUGGGAAGCAGCGGUAUGCUGUGAACGGGAUGUCUUACGUCCAGCCGGACACGCCGCUCAAGCUGGCGGAUUACCUCAACAUCAGCGGCGUCUUCAGCCUCAACGCCACGGGCGAGCUGGGCACCGCCGUGGUGGGAGCUGCUCUCCACGACUUCGUGGAGAUCGUGUUUGAGAACGAGGAGGAGACCAUCCAGACGUGGCAUCUCGAUGGCUACGAUUUCUGGGUUGUGGGAAUGGGAGCAGGAAAAUGGAGGGAGAGCAGCAGGGAAGGAUACAAUCUGGUUGAUGCUGUGACGAGACACACAACGCAGGUGUAUCCGAGAUACUGGAGUGCUGUGUUAGUGUCGCUGGACAACCAAGGGAUGUGGAAUUUGAGAAGUGCGAUGUGGGGGAGGCAGUAUCUGGGGCAGCAGCUCUACAUCAGAGUGUAUGAUCCAAUUAAAAGUCUUGCUAAUGAAUACGACAUGCCUGCCAACGCUCUACUCUGCGCCCGCGCCCUCCACCCGCUCUAAUCUUAUAUCAAUCGCCUCUUUUCCACUUUUAUCUCAUUUUAUUCACUUUGCCUUGUUUUCUACAAACUAAUCAUCUUACGGGAAAUCAUAUUGCUCAAA